UGCAUGCUUUUUCCUCCAGUGUUGGAUUUAAGUAAGACCAAACCCAAAGAAAAGAGGAAACAGUAUAUGUGAUGUAAUGAAGUCAGUGGAGAGAUUCUUAAAACUCUGAAUUUUCUCAGUAGCUGUAGUUUGGGUUUCUAAGCCUGUCAAAGCUAGCUGGCUAAAAAGACUGCACAUGCUGCUCAUCUGACAUCCGACAGUGAGACGGUGCGGUUUCCUUGUCUAAAGCUCUUUACAGGAUUUCUACAUGAGAAUAUCUGUCUAUAUGGUGACAGCUUUGAGCCGGAAGAUGUUCUCGUGCAUUUACACAGAGGAUUUACCACUUCCUCUCUACACUUUUUACAUUUUCUGGGGUUGGAUACAUUGACCAAGUACAACUAAGUGCCUGCUGUCUCAAUUCAAAAAUGGAGAAUCCAGGUGAUACAUGCGUGGUCAACGACAACAUGGUACCCUUCGCCACCCUUUACAUCAUCAUCUUUCUGAUUGGCGUGGUCACUAGCCUGUUGGCACUAUGGGCCUUCACCACCAGCCAAAGUGCUAAAAAGUGCAUCAACGUUUACCUGAUCAACCUUCUUACGUCUGACUUUCUACUCAUGCUGGCCCUACCCGUCAAGAUCGCAAAGGAUCUGGGCAACGAGUCGAAAAGUUUGACCAUCUUCCACUGCCAAGUGAGCGGGCCGCUCAUCUACAUCAACUUGUACGCUUCUAUCAUCUUUUUGUCAUUUGUCAGCGUUCAGCGGUAUCUCCAGAUAACCCGCAGCUCAAAACUUCUCCGACUGCAGGAGGUGGGCUUUGCGGUGUUGAUGUCAGCAGUGGUCUGGUUCCUGGUGCUCUUCAUAAAUGUGCCCAACAUGGCAAUAACCAUCAAACCCAAUAUUACAGAAAAACAUGGGCUGACCUGUUCUGAUUUAAAAACUGAGAUAGGGAAGCACUGGCACGCAUUGUCCGUCUUCCUUGGGACAGCCAUCUUUUUCAACGCCUCUGCGGCUGUGCUUUUGUCCAACGGCCUGGUGUUAAAACGGCUCUGGGGUCGACGUGAAUCUGACCCGGAGGACCAAGCAAGCGCCCAUCACGCCUUUAGAAACAUCGCACUGGUGACCUUGGCGUACGUGAUAAGCUUUGUGCCGUACCAUGCUGUGCGAAUGCCGUACACUUUUACACAGAUAGAUGUGAUCAAAGAUUGUGGAUUGAAGAAGAGUCUGUUCUUGGCUAAGGAGUCUACUCUGUUUCUCGCCAUCUUGCACAUGUGCAUUGACCCGCUGCUGUAUUUCGUCAUUUGUGGCGCAUUUAGACAUCAGAUCACAAAAACCUUCUCAAGGAGACCUAGUGUUCCAGAAGUUAACCAAUCAUAAAUAUUUGAAUUAAAGUAUUAAGGGACGGAAAGGAAAGGACCAAGUAUCACAGAGAUAUCUUUCUUUAAUUAGAUAUACUGUAAGAGAUGGAUUUUUUUGGAGAAACUAUGGUUUGGUAAUACAUAUAUCAAAAGUGAGAAAUUAGAAAAGUAUAAGGGAAGGAGCAUGUAGCCUAUAAAAGACUAUAAUCGCUGUAAUACUUGAUCCAAUUGUGUAUAUAUGUGGGAAACAUGCUAACUGAGAGGACAUGAUCAGUAAAAAGCGUUGGUCACAGUGCAAAAGAAAACAUUAAACACAGGCUUAAAAUGACAACAAAUGCACAAACUGCUAUGAGUUGAAUUUGAUUUAUCCAUCUUAAAGAAAGGAAUACUGAGUGAAUGUUAUAUCACCUAAUUAAUAUUCAUGAGUCAUUCUAGCAUAAGGCUAUAGAAGAUGGAUCAUAUAAUGUUGCUCAGAUGUGGUUGCUCUGUAUAGUUAUUUACUGUAGUGACAUUUUAUGUAUGUAAGAAACAGGUAUAGAGUUUAAAUGUAUUUGUAUAAAUUGUACAAUUUAAAUUUAAAAUACAUUUAUUUUUAAAACAUGAUACUGUUUACCACAGUUAUUUCAGUGUUAUUUGUAUGAAUUUCUUUUUUAUUAAUAACCAUUUUAGUUGUUAUUUGGCUUGCUUCCUUAUUUCAAGAAAUUAGUGAAUAAGAGGUCAAUUGUGCUUAUAUCGGGUCACAACUCUCUGUGAGUCACUGUCUGUGAUGCUAUGACUGUUUUCGUCUUUGAAAUCCACUGUUUAUUAUUCUUCACCAAGGGUCUACACCUCAGUCACUGUCUGCUGGGCUCGGAAAUGAUUUCUCAUAACCUGGAUUUUCCCUUUUAAAAACUUUAAAGCAGAUUAUUGUAAUAAUAUGUAUGUUGAGCUAUUUCACUGGAUUUGUUUCUUUUUUUGUAUCCAUUUUCACACUGUAAUGUCAAGUCAUGACACGUUGUUUUAAACUUUACCAUUUCUGAAACAUUGGUGGGAUAUUUCUGUCUACUUUUGUCUUUGCCCUACAGUAUUUUAAAUACAGAUAUGUGGUGAAAUUACUUUGUGAAAUGUA